UUGUCCCAAAAGACAGACCUCUACGCUGUAUAAGCUUCUCAGAGACUUUCAAAAGACCUUGCUUUUGUGCCUUUUGCUUCAAUCACCAAACAUCUUUUUCUUAGUGUUUGUGUACACUGAUUAUACAUGUAGGACCCCACCACUUUCUGGGUUUCUUUUUCUCCGAUCAUCUCUCACUCUUGGUUCUUCUUAAACUCCAUAAUUCUAACAAAAAUUAUCAUAGUCGAAAGAGAAAAGGAAAAAAGAGUGAAGAGAAAUGUUGGAUUACUAUCAGCAGCUUGCUGCUAGGCCCUCUUACCAUGAUUCCAUUAUGGUUCUUGAGAGUGAUAUUCAGUAUGCUAAUAUGCUGGCAGCUUCAAUUCCAAGAGGCAAGGGUGGUGCCUGCCUUCAAAUGAAAUUGGUUUACAAUCAUUUGGCACCCAUUAUAUUGCUUUUGCUUCAGUGGAUGGAUUGCUCAUGUACUUGUCUACUUUCAAGCUAUUUAAACCUAUUUCACAUAAUUGUAUACAAGGUGCACUCUGAUGGGAAGCCGAGAAUGUCUUCAAGUGGAAGGAGAGCUACUAUUAAAGAAUUCUACACUGUUAUAUUGCCAUCUCUUCAGCAUCUCAAUUGUAACUCGUCAGAGUUUGAUAUUAGUCAAGAGGAAGAUGAUGGCACGGAAAUGAUUGUCAGGAAGAAAUUGAACGAUAAGAGGAAGACUUCAGAUAUGGACUUGGAGAGAGAAGAUGAGUGUGGGAUCUGCUUGGAGUCCUGCACUAAAAUGGUUUUGCCUAAUUGCUGCCACUCCAUGUGCAUCAAUUGCUACCAUGACUGGAGCACAAGGUCAGAAUCUUGCCCAUUUUGCCGGGGAAGUUUGAAGAGGGUGAAAUCAGGGGACUUGUGGGUUCUGACAUGCAGUAGCGAUGUGGUUGACACUCAAACUGUGUUGAAGGAGGAUAUGUUGCGGUUCUAUCUUUAUAUAAACGGCCUGCCUAAGGAUAUCCCUGAUGCUUUGUUCUUAAUGUAUUAUGAGUACUUAUUUUAAUCUAACCGACAUUAAGAGCAAUAUACAGGAAGGAAAUAUGCCAACCAUUACCUGUCCAUAGAGUCUGGUAAGGUUUCCACGUAGAAAAUUCAUUCCAACUUGAUAUUUGGGUAGAAUAAUGUACAUCCUCUGUUGAAGAGACCCGGUUAUUAAUUUUAAUGUUGCCCUUUUUCCAGCUCGAAA